AUGCGCUCCUCAGUCGUCGGGGCGCUCUUCGCUCUUGCUGGCACCGCUCUCAGCCACAGCGAUGAGACUCCUGAACAGGCCGAGGCUGUGACGGUUGUCGUCGCCGACGAUGCUGCGCAGGCCAACAUUGCGGACGCGGUCAGCGAAGAAGCCGUCGAAGCUCAAGAGGAGGAUCCUCUUGCCGACUACGUAUGCGACACCUCAAACUAUGAAAUUUCAAUCUUUUCUCAGAGCCCGCUCGUCAUUUACAUCACCAACUUUGUCACGCCCUUUGAGCGACAGCACCUUCAGAGAAUCACCAAUGGCACAUUCGCUCGCUCCAACGUCGCUGGCGCCGAGGGCGACGUCGUCUCCACCCACCGAACCUCGUCCUCGACAACCGUCGGCGUGGACCCCGUCACGAGCUGCAUCUCCGAGCGCGCCCGACGCUUCCAGAGCUUCGACCUCCCGCCGAAUCACCAGGAGCCCAUCCAGCUCGUUCGCUACGCCGUCGGCGAGCAGUACCACUUCCACCACGACUGGUUCCCCGCGGAGAACACGAAGGAGAACGGCCACGCAUCGGUCGAGCGCGGCGGGAACCGCGUCAGCAGCUUCUUCGCGUACGUUUCCGUCAGCGAGGACAUUGCCGGCGGAGGCACCAAGUUCCCGAAGCUGGCGGCGCCCGAGGGUGACGGCUGGUGUGGCGUUGUCGAGUGCGACCAGGCGAGGGAGGAGGGUGUGACAUUCAGGCCGAUUGAGGGUAAUGCCGUCUUCUGGACCAACCUGGUCAAGGGUGAGGAUGGCGAGAUGGUUGGUGACGACCGAGUUUUGCACGCCGGCCUGCCGAUUGAGAAGGGCUCGAAGCUCGGUAUGAACCUCUGGACGAAGAUUGACAAUUUUGCGUGA